GCCACAAAUCUAUUUAAAAAGCUAAAUGGCCAAAACAUGAAACACUUUCAAGUUUCAAACAACACAGACACACACAGGCACACAAACACCUUCAUCAACAACCCACAUCAACAAAAAGUAAGAGGGUUUACAAUUACAGAGGAAUAAGAUAAUGCUUAAUUCACCCAACCAAAUCCAUGAAAUAGAUGCAUUUUCUGAUUCUUACAUCGAUCCCAAUUCAGAUUUUGUAGAAGAACCGUCAAUUUCCCUCGAUGAGAACGGAUUCCCACAACCUCCAUUCACCGACGAUGAACAACAACAACACAACAACAACAACAAAAUUGAUUUACCAAAUGUAUAUGAAAAUGCAGCAGUUGGGUGUUCCAAAGAUGGGAGCUUUGCUUCCGAUUUCUAUCGAUGUGGGACUGAUUGGUCUAGCUUGAGUUCGAGAGUCGACUCACCUUUGAAUAAUAAGAAGUUAAAGCAAAAAAAUCUAUUCCAAAUGUGGGGUUUUAAGCUGCAAAAGAAUGAGGAAGAUGAAGAUAAGAAGACGAACAAUAAUGUAAAUAAGGAGAAUGAUUAUGAGACCCACCUAGGAGGUGUUCACUCUGUUAAAACUGACUCACAACAUCUAAGGCUUCCUCCUUGUCUUUCACCUGGCCAAUUUGGUGCCCGGAAUCAAUCUUUCGAAAUCGAUUCGAAGGCGUCUCAGAAAAGGAAAUCAUUGAUGGGUGGAGGACAAGCUCGUCCCUGCCCUUUCUAUAAGAAAAUGCCAGGCACUCCCUUUACUGUGGACGCAUUUCGUUAUGGUGCUAUCAAAGGCUGUUCUGCUUACUUUCUUAGUCAUUUUCAUGCUGAUCAUUAUGGUGGCUUAAGCAAGGCAUGGUCGCAUGGCCCUAUCUAUUGCACCCCUAUAACUGCUCGUUUGGUUAAAAUGUGUCUCUAUGUUAAUCCAAUAUACAUAUGUCCUUUGGAGUUGGAUGUUGAACAUAUGAUUAAUGGUGUGAAAGUGACAAUGCUAGAAGCCAAUCAUUGCCCAGGUGCUGCCUUGAUUCACUUCCAUCUUCCAGAUGGACAAUCUUAUCUACACACUGGAGAUUUCAGAGCUUGUAAAAGCAUGCAAACGUAUCCCCUUCUUUCAAAUAAAAAGGUCAAUUUACUUUACUUGGAUACAACUUAUUGCAACCCAAAAUACAGGUUUCCUUCGAAAGAAGAUGUGACGAGCUUUGUUGUAAGAACCACUAAAGCAUGUCUCAAAAAGCAACCGAAGACUCUAAUUAUAGUUGGGGCAUAUAGCAUAGGGAAAGAGUGUGUAUAUAUUGCUUUAUCUGAGGCGAUAAAGGUCAAAAUAUUUGCAAAUGCAUCAAGGAGAAGAAUUUUACAGUCCUUUGAUUGGCCGCAGCUUUCCAGAAACCUCUGCUCGAAUGGGAAGGAUACCCCUCUUCACGUUCUGCCUAUUUCAUCAUUAAAACAUGAGACUCUGAAGAACUACCUGAAGACAUACGAGGAUCAGUUUAAUGCAGUUGUGGCAUUUCGGCCAACAGGCUGGACUUUCUCGGAGUCCGUUGGUAAUAAUUUGGAUCUAAUCAAACCCAAUACUAAGGGAAACAUCCAAAUCUAUGGAGUUCCCUACAGUGAGCAUUCCAGUUUUACUGAACUGCAGGAAUUUGUUCAGUUUCUUCGGCCCAACAAGAUAAUUCCAACAGUGAACAUCGGAAAUGCUGCUAACCGGGAGAAGCAACAAUCAUACUUUAGGCAGUGGUUGAAUGGCUGAGGUAUAUAUAUAGAGAAAGUACAGAUUCUUGCCAUAUGUUAUGCUUAAUUUUUGGGUAUUGAGUGCCCAAUAGAAGUUCAUCCAAUUCUUUGUGUAUCGGUUUGUUCCUUGGUGCAACAAACCAAAUAUGAAAGAAACAAAAAUUAACCUCACUGGCAAUAUAGUUUAUUACUCCCCUGUCAUAGGAUUUCUCCGGGUGAUCACAGUUGUUUAAGCAUUUAAGGUCUUUAAUUGCUGUAGAAUACAGUGAUUUGGGGCAAGAAAACGAUGGUUGUUGUAUAAUGGUACUUGAAAAUCUUGUCUUUUACCUCCAAAUUAGUAAAUUACUGAGGGUACUCGAGGAAUGUAAAUAUGUAGUAAAUCUUGUUUUCCCCCUUCUGAUGGGGUGAAUAUGUAAUCCUCAUCGUUAUUAUGUCAGCUCUUGUUAGGAAUCA